GAUGCCAUGGCUGUUUUAAAAGGAACGCUUGACAGUGGCUUGUUGCCUAGUAGACCAGCAGUUACUGCGCUCACUCAGGCUUUAGCAGAAAAAGGAGAUAGCAAGAACCUGCAAGCACUUAAAAACAUGCUGGAAGACAUGACAAAAUCAAUUGGUAUAUCUGCCUCACUAAUAGCUAAUGCUAUUGCAUUGGCUCAUGCUAAGAACAAUGACCUUGAUGCUGCUGUGGAAUACCUUGAGCCUCUGCUUAUCUCUGGUGCACAGAAUCCUGAUCAAGCUGUCAGAAGUAUUUCCUAUUUGUUAAGAAGGGUGUCUGAGGAAGGAUUAGAACCAGCUUUGGAAAAAUUUGGUGUGAUGGCAGAAAGACUGGCCAGUCAGUUUGGAAUUUACAGACCUGUCACAGAUCUUUUCCUUCAAUAUGUCAGUGCAGACAGAGUGGAUGAUGCCAGAUCACUGAUACAGAGGUGUGGUGCAUUAGUUGAGGAGAAGAGAGCUUUAGUGAGUUUUAUGGCUAGAUCAGCAUCUAAACCUGGACAGGCAAAGAAGAUCGAGACUCUUCUAGAACUGGUUCCUGAGCAUCAAGAUACGGAAAUUGCAUACCAUUACCUCAUGAGAUGUUAUGAAUUGGAUGGGGAUGUUGCUUCUGUAAAGGCUGUGUAUGAGAAAACAAAAGAGAAGAAUAUACAGCUGCAUGAGCUCUCUCUGAAAUCUUUGGCAACUUUUCUGAAGAAAGUAGGAGAGCCUGUCCCUUUCACUGAACCCCCUGAGACAUUCAAGUUCUAUGUGGAAGAAUGGAGGAAAAGAAGAUUGGAAGCGUCAUGAACAGACAGUCUUUUAUGCUUUAGUUGUUUAUGAAAUUGUUUAAAUGUUACACUCAAUAAAAAUUUAAAAAAGCAUGCUGUUGUGUGUAAUUUUUAAUAUAAAUCUAUGCUUAAACAGCACUUUCCAUAGCUGUAAUUGAUAGAAACAUUCAUUAAUAGAAACGCUGUUAAAAUUGCUAAUGAAAUAUCAAGAUGCAGCUUUCUAGGCUAUUUCUGUUUUGAUGUAUGAUCUGCUAUAACCUGAACUGUAUUUUGGCUCCUGCUGAUUCACAAAAUAUAUGUAUAUCAA